AUGUCUCCGACUACUAGUAAUGCCAAGAGCAGCAGCAGUAGUAGUAGUCAAGGAAGCAGUCAUGACAGCAACGACGACGACGACACGCAUCGACUACGAGACUGGCUAUGGGAUGAAUUGCGUCCGGAAUGGCCGACCUUGAUGAUUGGCUGUUUGGCCAUGAUGGUCUCGUCGGCAUCCAAUACGCUGUUGCCGAAAUUCAUGGGACGAUUGUUGGAUCAAAACAAGACUUCGCAUGCACAAUCACAAUCACAACCAUCCUAUUGGUCAUUGUGUCUGGUAGUGCUGGGAGGCGGAACGGCGAGUUUUCUACGCACAUGUCUCUUGAAUCGAGCCGAAGAAAGUGUGGCGGCAAGAAUUCGCUCCAAAGUCUUUGCCGCGUUGCUCACGAAGAAGACUGUCGAGUGGUUUCAACAAGGAACAUCUACUAGUACUACCAAAGAAGCACAACAACAACAACAAUCCGCACCACCCACCAGUCCAACGAGCAGUAGUGACAGCAGUUCACACUCAUCCAACAAUAGCAACAGCAAUAGUAUGACCAUGACACCCGGAGUGGUGGGAACGAUAUUGAACGACGAUGUCACUUUCGUGGCUCAUACACUGACGGCCACCACGGCCAAUUUACUGCGCUCGACCAUUUCCUGUGUCCUGUCGACGUUCCAAAUGCUCCGUCUCAAUCCACACUUGUUUUCCGUCAGUGUCGCCACGGUGCCCUUGAUUGGUGCCGCCGCCAUGACACUCCGCAAAUUUCUCAAACGACUCUCGCAACACAAAUCAAAGUUGGCACAAGAAGCCGCUGCCUUUUCGGAAGAACGCAUUGCCCAAAUUGCCCUCGUUCAAAUGAGUCGUCGACAAGAGUAUGAAAUUGCGAUUUACACGCGGCUCCAAAUGGAUAUUUUGGAAAUGGCCCGCACGGAAGCAUUGGCGAAUGGCGCCUUUAUGGGAUUUACGUUUUCGGCCACAUCCAGUGCGCUGUUUUUGGUCGUUCAUUUGGGAGGACGCGCCGUGGCCCAACACAAAAUGACAUCCGGGCAAUUGACCAGUUUUGCCACUUAUUCGUUUUUACUAGGGCUGGCCGCCAGUGGGAUUGUCAAGUCUCUGGGAGAAGUCUAUCAAACGACCGUUGGACCGGCCGUACGAGUGCACGAUUUGUUGCUCGGGCAUCAUAAUGAUACUGAUGACAAUGAUGACAAUGAAGACCAUACUACUACUCCUGUCAAAGAUGUGGAUGUGACGGCUGUGGAAGCCAUUAGUUUGCGCAAUGUCACAUUUUCCUAUACAUCACGUCCCGACGUGACCGUUUUGAGGAAUGUAUCCAUGGAACUCAAACGAGGUUCCGUGGUGGCAUUGGUGGGUAAAAAUGGAAGUGGAAAAACCACCGUCGCAUCACUACUUGCGGGACUUUUGCAUACACCCGAAUUGGGGAAUAUUACCCUCUUGCCGGAUGGAACCAAUUUCUUUGAUGCUGCUUCACGCAAUGCCAACAACAACAACAACAACAAUAAACUCGUGCAAAUGGUACCCCAAGGAGCACCUCUUUUGAAUGUCUCCAUUCGCGACAAUAUCCUCUACAGCAAUCCACAGGCUACCGAACAACAAUUGGAACGAGCACUGACAGCGGCCAAUUGCCACGGAUUCCUGAAAACAUUACCCGGCGGAUUGGACUAUAAAGUGGGUGUCCAGGGAUGCCAAUUGUCGGGUGGACAACGACAACGCGUCGCAUUGGCACGCGCAUUGAUUGGUGAUCCCAUGUUGUUGAUUCUCGAUGAAGCCGGAUCCGCACUCGAUCACGAAGGGGAAACCGCAUUGACCGAUGCCGUCAUGGCUUGCAAUAACAAAACAACAGAAAAGGCAUUGCUACUCAUUACGCAUCGGGCACAGAGUUUGCAAGUGGCCGAUGUGGUGGUGGUACUACGAGAUGGACAAGUCGUCGAAACGGGAUCGCUGGCAGAACUGCAAAAGAAACCAACAUCGGCAUUGUGUAGUUUAAUGCCGGAUCUACUCAAAUUAUAG